AUGCAUCUCUCAGCUCUUGUUGUCGCCUCAUUGGCGUCUACCUGCCUCUCGGCUCCCAGCGCGAGUGUGGAACAGCAACCAAUUGGCGCUUCGGAGCCCAACAGUAUCGGCUCAACAUGGACCAAGGAACUGAUUUCGCUGCAUCGUCACCUCAUCUCGACCGAGUCCAUCAGCGGCAAUGAGUAUGAUGUUGGACAACGGCUGUCCGAUUACUUGAAGCACGAAGACUGGACCAUUGAGACGCAGAAGGUCAACAACGAUAGCUCGCGUCUCAACAUUCUUGCCUAUCCUGGCAAGGUCCGUAAUGCCGACCUGCUCAUCUCAAGCCAUAUCGACACUGUUCCUCCAUUUUAUCCUUACAAAAUUCACUCCAAUGACUCUGAGACCAUCAUCUCUGGGCGUGGAAGUGUGGAUGCCAAAGCAUCUGUCGCUGCUCAGAUCAUCGCUACCAAGAAGCUUCUGGCCGAGAAGAAGCUGAAGCCUGAUGACGUUGCCCUUCUUUACGUUGUCGGUGAAGAGGUUCAUGGUGAUGGUAUGCGUGCUGCCAAUGCAUUGGAAUUGACACCAAAGACGAUAAUCUUUGGCGAGCCAACUGAAGGCAAGCUUGCAGCUGGUCACAAGGGUAUGCUGGGCUUUACUCUGAAUGCGUUUGGAAAGGCAGCACACAGUGGUUACCCAUGGUUGGGUCGCAGCGCAAACGAGGUCCUCGUCCAAGCACUCUCUGCCUUGAUGCAGCUCAGUCUCGAGCUACCCAAGAGCGACAAGUACGGUUCCACAACCAUCAACAUCGGCAAGAUCGAAGGUGGAGUAGCAGGCAACGUCGUCGCCCAAAACGCCAGCGCUCAGAUUGCCAUCAGAAUCGCAGCAGGCACACCGGACGAGAUUGGCAAGUGUGUGCACAAGGCCAUCAAAGCCGCAACAGACGAGUUCAAAACACCCGGCCACGAGGACGAAGACAUGUUUGAAAUCGUAUUCGCAGGCAAGGGAUACGCACCUGUGGACAUUGAUCACAAUGUCGAUGGUUUCGGUACGAUCACGGUCAACUACGGCACUGAUAUCCCCAAUCUCGACAAGCUCGAUGGACAGAAGAGGUAUCUGUAUGGACCUGGGUCGAUCCUCGUCGCUCAUUCGGACCACGAGGCCAUCACACUCAGCGAUCUGGAAACUGCAGUGCAGGACUACGAAAAGUUAAUCCUGCAUAGCUUGUCGUAG